AUGGGUAAGUUUAACGGCUUAACUGACCCGGAUGAUCACGUCCAGUUAUUCACAAGUGUUGGUGUAGUGGGCGGAUGGAUCAUGCCUAUGUGGUGCCAUCUUUUUGUACAAACCCUGACAAGGGCGGCCAGCACAUGGUUCGACAGCCUCUCUGCAAGUAGAAUCAAGUCAUGGCUUGACUUGCAAGAGAAGUCCCUUGCCCACUUCAGUCGACAGAGGCGCUAUAAGCGGGAUACAUCUGAAGUCAUGAGCAUUUGGAGACGUGAAGGUGAAGGUUUGGAAUAUUUUAUCACUCGCUUUAACAAGGAGUUUCUAGAGAUUGGGGGCGUUAGCGAAGACUUGAUGCGCACCCACUUCAAAAAAGCAAUAAGUUGUGAUAGCCUGAUCCGGACUAUCAUAGGCAGAGAUGGUAUGCCCAAGGAAUGGGACAAACUGAUGGCAACAUCUAAGAUUGUGGUGCAAACAAAAGAGUCACUGACUGGUGGCAGGUCCAACCAUUACUCUGAUAAUCAGUAUUCAAGAAUCAAUGCACAAGACUCCAAUAGGCGCAACAAGAAAAACAAAAACUCUGGCUAG